AUGAAGACAACCAUUUUCUCGACAGUAAUUCUUUACGUUGUACUGACUGCAGCCCUUAAUGGAAAAAGAACUAAACACCUAAGACCUGUCCUCGAGAGAAGAGAGGAGCAGGUACUGCAACCCAUCGUUGGCGACAAAGGCGCAGAGAUACUAGUCCCCAAAAAUCAUGCGAUCGAUUCUCAAAAUCGGGAUUCUCUUCAAGUACCACCAUCAGAUGCUGGGUUGGUCAUGAAUCUCAAAUGGAGCUUUUCGCAAUCAAUGAUGAACUUGCAGCAAGGCGGAUUCGUAAGACAGCAAGUUGCCAGUGAUCUACCAUCGAGCCAGGACUUUUCCUCUGCACAAAAUCAUUUGGCAAAAGGUGCUAUUAGGCAGAUGCAUUGGCAUUCUCUUAAUGAGUGGGGUCUAGUCACAGCUGGGUCUGUCCUUAUUGCGGCAGUGAGCAACGAAGGCAAGAAUCAAGUAUUCCGAGCCGACAAGGGUGACAUUUGGUAUUUUCCGAAGGGACAAGGUCACACGAUCCAAGGUCUCACAGACCCAGGCGCAGAAUAUCUCCUCGUUUUCGAUGCCGGCGAUUUCGAUUCCACAAGCAGAACUCUGAAUGUUGCAGACUGGCUCAUUCACACUCCUCCAUCCGUUCUCGCCAAGAACUUCGGCGUUUCGAACAAUACCUUCAAGACUCUUCCAAAGGCGUUGGGAAGUAUUUUCAGGGGCAACCUGAGUAGCGGGUCAAUCUUGAGCCCAUAUGGAAAGUUGGAGGGGAACUCGAGUUAUCACUUCCAGGCUAGCAAGAUGCCGAUGAAAGACGCGCCUGGAGGAGGUGGCAAGUACAUGAUUGUGGAUAAGAACAAUUUUCCAAUCAUUACUAGCUUAGCAGCUAUGAUAGUUGAGGUUAAGCCAGGAGCUAUGAGAGAGUUGCACUGGCAUCCGACUGGAGUCGAAUGGUUGUACUUCGAAUCUGGUUACGCGCGUGCUACAGUAUGGCUCGGUGGCGGAAAUGCCCGAACUUUCGAUUUUGAGGCUGGUGAUACUGCUGUAUUUCCUGACAACUCAGGUCAUUACGUAGAGAACACACAUCCGACCGAGACACUUCGCUACCUUGAGAUCUUCCAGUCAGACAAGGUGGUUGACUUCGGUCUCGAGCAAUGGCUCGCGCUCACACCUCCAGAUCUUGUCGCACAGAUACUGAACGUUAGCGUGGAGACGGUGAAAAGUUUCAAGUCUGAGAGGGGCAUUUUAGUCAAAGGUAAAGAGUGA